GUGCUGUCAAAUGGAUCGUGCGUAUGUCAAAACACUUUUCUCACUUUGGACGACGAACUUAUGAAAACUGAGAAAUUGUUUCUUAUUUAAUACUGUUCGAAACAAACUGGUGCUCUGGGAACAGCUCAUCGUAGCUAACAGCAAUGGGAAACACGGUGUCGGCAGCCGAACGGGUUGCUUCGAAUAUUGUCCCAAAUGCCGCCGUGAAAGGGGAAGAAGCAGCCUUGCCGAAUGGGCACCCUGCUAUAGAUAGUAAACAGACAAUGGGAGUAAAUCCGCCGCCUGAAUGUCCAAUGCACCAAAAGCAGCAACCCAAAGAGCAACCCGUGCUUAUAUCGGAGUGCCCAGUUAAGCAUGACGGUAGCGAGGUAAAUCCGCUGAAUAUGAUGCCACCCGGCAAUCAAAAUCCAUCUCCAGGACAGCCGUUCCCCCUACCGACCGACCGCCAGGUGUCCUCAAUUCCUAAGGUAUCAACCGAGGGGAAGCAAGAAUUUUGGGUCUACCCGAGUCAACAGAUGUUCUGGAAUGCGAUGCUCCGUAAAGGCUGGCGCUGGCAGAAGGAUGAUAUUGCUCCCAAAGACAUGGACGACAUAAUCAAGAUACACAACGCUAACAACGAGCAAGCUUGGCAGGAGGUUUUGAAGUGGGAAGCGUUGCACGUUCGCGAAUGUGGAAACCCACGAUUGAAAAGCUUCGGCGGCAAGGCGACCGAAUAUAGCCCUCGGGCGAGAAUACGCAACUUGAUGGGAUACGAGUUGCCUUUUGAUCGUCACGAUUGGAUCAUUGACCGUUGCGGAAAGGAUGUGCGCUACGUCAUCGAUUAUUACGAUGGAGGAAUGGUGGACGAAAAAUACAAAUUCGCCCUGCUUGAUGUCAGACCGGCCAUGGACUCAUUUGAAAAUGUAUGGGACCGUAUGAAGGUGGCCUACAUGCGGUGGAAGUUUGAGGUUGAAGAUAAAAUAAAAGAGCUGAAAAACUAAAGCUCUACACGAAUGCCAUAGUUCAGCACUUAAAAUUGCGUCCUUUAGCUACAAACUAAACUUACCAUGACGAUCUCUCGGCAUCGAUGUAUCACGGAAUGGCAGUGUAUACCCUAAAUAGUAAACGGACACAUUUACUCUGAAUCGAAAUUAAAUAAUGAAGAGUUUGAUGAACUAUAGUUCUGGAAUUAUAGCCUCGUAGCCUGAUUGCUAACAUCCGAGUAUAUCGUAGACUUAAUAAUAUAACUAAUCACAACGGACGAGACUACAACAAAAAGUACGAGCACGUGACCGGUUUAAGAAUGGAUAGGUUAAGAAAGUGAUAAA